GUCGCACUCCCCCGUCUGUCUGUCUGUCUGUCUGUCACACCAGGCUCGGAGGAGAAUUCUGACGUGUUUUCGCAUUUCCUGCAGCAGAGAGAGAGAGACAGAGAGCGGUGUCGGAGGGUGGGAGGCAGCCAGCCAGAGGUAUGUCCACGGGAAGUUAGAAUCAACAGCAGUGGCUGAGAGCAGGCCGUGCAGGAGCCCCUGUGUACCUACCAACCAACCCACCGCCUCCUGGACCUGCCCCCUCCCUCCUCUCCUCCUCCUCCUCCUCCUCCUCUCCGCCUCUGCUGCGGCUCUUGACGCUACCAGCCGCUGUCUGGUCGCAGCGGUCCGGCUCCAACAUCCCCGAUGCGCCGCGGCGGCUGGAGCCUCCUUCACCUCCCUCUCGGUGCAAUGCAACACGGGCCGGUGCUCCCAGGGUGUCCUGCUACAGCUAACGGAGGGUUUUAACAGCAACAUGUCAGAGCGAGUCACAUCUGGGGCCUCUGCACGUCUCUUCUUUGCUCUGUCGCGGCUCUUGGUUCAUGUUUCUUCCGCGCACUUCUGAGGAAGACUCCCCUCCGCUGCUGCACUUCAGAUUUUGGGAUAUUUGUAGCAUUUUCGGGUUCUGCAGACGUCUUAGAGGAAACCCAGAGAGCUGAUUGAGAGCAAAACAUUUUAAGAGGCUUCACAGCUCCGUCAUAUUUGGGAGGAUUUACAGUGUCUGGCUGCAGGACCACCGGUUGAACCGUUAGGAGUUAAUUGUUUCUGGAAGUGUUUGAGGAGAAAGGUGUGGUGCUUUGACUGUAAACACGUCACGUAUCAAGUGUUGGCACCGCACAGCGCCAUGGUGAUCUUCAAUGGGCAGCUGAAGAUCAAGAUCCGCGAGGCUCUGGACCUCAAACCGACGGCAUGGUCCCUGCGUCACGCCGUCGGCCCCAAGACCCAGACCUUCCUCCUGGACACGUACAUCGCCCUGAACGUGGACGACUCCCGCGUGGGCCAGACCUCCACCAAGCAGAAGACCAACAGCCCCGCGUGGAACGAUGAGUUCACCACGGAGGUGCACGACGGCCGCAGGAUCGAGCUCUCCGUGUUCCACGACGCGCCCAUCGGAUACGACGACUUCGUGGCCAACUGCAUCAUCCAGUUCGAGGACAUCCUGCACAACGGCAGCAAGCACUUCGAGGACUGGGUUGACCUGGAGCCAGAGGGGAAGGUGUAUGUUGUUAUUGACCUUUCAGGAUCUUCCAGUGAAGCUCCAGCUGGCUCCACCGAAAAUGAGGAGCGAGUGUUUCGGCAGCGGAUGGGUCCCAGGAAGCGCCAGGGUGCCGUCCGCCGGCGGGUCCACCAGGUCAACGGACACAAGUUCAUGGCCACCUACCUGAGGCAGCCCACCUACUGCUCCCACUGCAGGGACUUCAUCUGGGGUGUCUUAGGGAAGCAGGGCUACCAGUGUCAAGUGUGUACCUGUGUGGUCCACAAGCGCUGCCAUGAGCUGAUCAUUACCAAGUGUGCAGGGAUGAAGAAGCAGGAGGACACAGUGGAGGAGCAGGUUGGCUCUCAGAGGUUCAGUGUCAACGUGCCGCACAAGUUCAGCAUCCACAACUUUAAAGUUCUCACCUUCUGCGACCACUGUGGGUCUCUGCUCUGGGGUCUGCUGCGACAGGGACUCCAGUGUAAAGUGUGUAAAGUGAAUGUACACAGGCGCUGUGAGAGUAACGUAGCUCCUAACUGUGGCGUGGACGCCAGAGGAAUCGCUAAAGUCCUCUCUGACCUCGGAGUCACACCAGACAAGAUCUCCAACAGCGCCCACAGACGGAAAAAGCUUCCUCAGGGUCAGGACCCCCAGCAGCCAUUAUCGGGGCCCAAGACAGAAGACGAUCGCUCGAGGUCCGCCCCCACCUCACCGUGUGACCAGGACGUGAAGGAGCUGGAGAACAUCCGCAAGGCGCUGUCGUUUGACCACCGCGCAGAGGAGCACACAAAACACCCCCUCUCCUCCCCCUCAUCUGUAGCCGCGGUAACAGAGGACAGUCACAAAGAUGGAGGAGGCAAGGUCGAAAUCGAGGGCGAAGGGAACCGGGAAAACGGAGAGGUCAAAGGUCACAGCGCUCCUGAAAUCAAGAGGAUGAAUUUGCACGACUUUGUGUUCAUCAAAGUUCUGGGGAAAGGAAGCUUCGGGAAGGUGAUGCUGGCAGAGCUGAAAGGCACCGACGAGGUCUACGCUGUCAAAGUGCUGAAGAAAGACGUGAUCCUGCAGGACGACGACGUGGACUGCACUCUGACCGAGAAACGGAUCCUGGCCCUGGCCAGAAAACACCCGUACCUGACGCAGCUUUUCUGCUGCUUCCAGACUAAAGACCGGUUGUUCUUUGUGAUGGAGUACGUUAAUGGAGGUGACCUGAUGUUUCAGAUCCAGCGGUCGAGGAAGUUUGACGAGGCGCGGUCUCGUUUUUACGCAGCUGAGGUCACGUCCGCUCUGAUGUUCCUGCACCGGCAUGGAGUCAUAUACAGAGACUUGAAGCUGGACAACAUACUGUUGGAUGCAGAGGGUCACUGUAAGCUGGCAGACUUCGGGAUGUGCAAGGAGGGAAUCCUCAGUGGAGUCACCACAACCACUUUUUGUGGGACACCAGAUUAUAUCGCUCCCGAGAUCCUUCAAGAGCUGGAUUACGGCCCGUCAGUGGACUGGUGGGCUCUGGGGGUGCUGAUGUAUGAGAUGAUGGCAGGCCAGCCACCAUUUGAAGCUGAUAAUGAAGAUGAUCUGUUCGAGUCCAUCCUCCAUGACGACGUCCUCUACCCUGUCUGGCUCAGCAAGGAGGCCGUGUCCAUUCUUAAAGCGUUCAUGACCAAGAGUCCUAACAAGCGUCUGGGCUGUGUGGUGGCUCAGGGUUUGGAGGAGGCCAUUAAGCAUCAUGUGUUCUUCAGAGAAAUCGACUGGACGCUGCUGGAGCAGAGGAAGAUCAGACCACCAUUCAAACCACGCAUCAAAACCAAAAGGGAUGUGAAUAACUUUGACCAGGACUUUACACGUGAAGAACCCAACCUGACGCCGGUGGACGACAGCAUCAUCAAGCAGAUCAACCAAGAUGAGUUUAAAGGAUUCUCCUACUUUGGAGACGAGACUGUGGCCUAAGCACACACACUGACACACACAGUAUAACAACAUACAUAGCCUACACACCACCAUCACCACACCUAAAAGAUCUUCAAGCAAAGACAUAAUAUUUAAGGAAACACCGCCUCUGGAAUGAGACCUUCUGAACUUUUACAGAUUCUGACCACUCCAGGAAUUAUACUACACCACCUGUAUUGCUCUCUUUAUGGUUUCUGUGCUCUUGUUGUUUGUCCAUUUGUGCAUAUCCCAUCAAACUAUGUGCUGAAGCAGCAUGUGAGUGCAGGUCAGAUACUGCAAGAAACGCUCCCUCACGUGGUCUGGAUGUAUCUCUGAUGCAGGUAAAACAGUGGACAAAACCAAACUCUGUUUUUUCAGGGGGGUGUUUGGAUUAAAACGGUGGGCAAGGACAUUGGGCUGUUAGUGUGUGUGUGUGUGUGUGUGUGUGUGUGUGUGCGUGUGUGAGAGAGUGAUAUUGUGAGUGCAAGCGUGCAUGCAUGCGUAGUUGCAAACCUCUAGAAAGAAUAAGACUGUCAUUUCUGUACAUGAUGUGCUGUAUCCUGUGUCUAUAUCUGUGUUUAAAGAAUGUUUUUUCUUCCCUUAACUUGUAUGUGAAUGGAAAAAAAAUGAACCAAUGAUUGUAUUUAAAGGAAAAAAAACGGUCUUGAAAAGUACUUUAUUCAUUACAAAAAGAGAUGUAAAAAGGAAAUGCAAGAAAUCAAAGAUUUUGUUUGGAUGAAGUCAUUAAGGAAUGAGAAGUUUUGUCAGUGCUUGAUUUUAAAUUCAAGAGUCAAACUUGCUGAUUCAAUGGUAACUUUAGGAGAUGCACCACAAAAGUGACACUUUGGCAACUUAAAAUUUUAGUUUAAUCUCUUUUCUUAAUAGACCCUUUUAAGCUGACAUUUUAUCAGCUGGAGAUAAAACAUGCCCCACUACCACAGCACUGUAGGCUACACAGGAGUCUUAAAAUGUGUUUGUCUUGUUGUGUUAUUGGGAGCCAGAAUAGAAGGAGUCAUGGCUCAAAACCAGCCGCCACUGCCCGUCAACAAAAACAAAGACAACUAUGGUUAAAUGUGAUAAGACCAAAGGACUGGACAGAGGCCAUCAUCAAAAAUGCUCACAUGUGCAGCGCACACUUCAUAUCAGGUUAGGGAAAAAGUAUUUCCUGUUGUAGGGAUGAAUAAGGUUAUGUGUAUUAAGGGUUAUCAUGUCCACCUCAUCAGACACUGGGGAGGGAUUAAGAGGAAGAUUGGAUUUCUCUGCAACGCUAACUUUUUAGCACAUUAGCUAACGUUAGCUUCCAUAGCAAAACAAACAAGUGUGGUCCUCCUUUGUAAGAUUGGCUUCCUGUGACAUCAUCCAUCCACUGAGUGAGAGCAUACGGGUCGGCCAGUCUGGUCCCGUUGGUCAGUGUUUACUUAUUCAAGUAACACUGGCGGUCCCGGAGAGUGAGUGACCUGACAUGGUGCGUUGGUAAAUUCAGUCUGACGCUCUACACUAAAAUGAGAGCCCUGUUGGUGGAAGAAACGCAGUGUUAUAUUUCUAUAUGAAUUAACAAAGGGUAAAGUUAAUCACACAUUCACUCUGCUCGGCGCUCUGCUGCUCCGUCUCCACAGACAAACUGCCCAGAGUGUGCUCUGCCACUCUGAGAGUGCCCUGCUCUGGAUAACCCAAUGGUACAUUCGGACAGCGUUCAGAAUUACUAACGGUCCAAUUUGUACCAGAGUGCGCUACUGCACUUUGCAUCAUCUUCCUCCAUUGUCUAAAACAAGCCAACAGAACUUGCUAACUAGCGCUAGCUAAUGUCCGUGGAGAAUUGUUUUGCCUCCAUUUAAGCCCCGCCCCCCAAAAACGUCAUACUGUUUACUAACAGUAAAAGGGUCUAUAAAGAGAAGAUUACAUGCACUGUUUCAAUUCUCUCUCCAUAUUUUAGCUUGUUAGUACAUCAGUGUUCUCCAUUGAAAACCAAAUGGUACCAUUAGCUGCCAGCUAACAAACCUACAGUAGCUUACCACUGGGAGUGUGUGUUGUUGUAGUGAGGUGUGCUUACAGUCUUAACAAGCUGUUUUCCAUAUGACUUGAUGCUCAACAGUCGUCCAUUGAAGCCAAAUAACAAGCUGAAAUCUAAAAUGUCAAAGGAGCCCUUUAAAAAGUCCUUGUUGAAGCUCUAGCUGCACCUUCUGGAGCAAAAUCUUUCUAGGUCACCUCCUUAAAUCCUUCAUGACCACCUGAUCAUUGAAAUGCCUUGUGUGUGUUUGUGUGUGUACAGUCGCUGUGUAAUCAGUCACUGUACUGGACAUGUGGUCUCUCACACGACGAACCAAACCCUCAUGAUUCCACAUGACAGCUGUGGAUCGUACGUAGAAGUGACUGUGACUGAAUGUGUUCAACUGAAUGUAUUUGCUCUGUGGUGUCUGUUUGUAUGUGUGUGUGUGUGUGUGUGUGUGUGUGUGUGUGUAUACAUGCAUGGAGAGCCUUCCUCACGCUUUCAUCGUUUUUAUUUUUUAUUUAAGACAUCCUUUUGUCAUCUUGUUUUUACGCCUCAUUCUUGCUGACAUGUUGUGACACAGUGAGACUCACCUGGUCAGAAACACUUCCUCCUCUUCCUCUGUGUACAGUCUGAACAUGGAGGUCAAAUAAGCUGGUGUCCAGAGGUGUUGAUGCAUGUCGCAGUUCAGAUUUAGGACUUAAUCGUGAACUGAAAAGAAUUCAAGCAUCUUCAAUAAAACUCCAUGUGCAAUACUCUGAAAGAGUUUUUUUUUGUUUGUUUUCGUUAUUUUCUAUUUCAUAUUUUCGUUCCUUCUUUACUCUGUCCUUCCCCUUUCGUCCUCUGUAGUCUCACAGACAGACAGGUACAGAAAAGACUACUGUACAGUUAGUUUAAGGGCACAUAAAGGUGAUAAUUAUGUCACACAUUUCCUCAAAAGUAGAACAUGUGUUAGAUACAGUAGCUGUAAAAGAACACUCAGUCACUCAACACAUACAUGUAUAGAUAGCGGUGCAGAUUUAAGACAGUUUCACUGACACCAUCUAUCUGCUGUCCACCAUUUUGCUUCUGUCUUAAAGGAUAGCUCUGAUUUUUGAAGUGGGGUUGUAUCGGGUACUUAUCCAUAGAUGGUAUAUUACAAACAGUAGAUAUCGGUUGGCACACCUCCAGUUUGGAGAAGCAGAUUGGAGUCACGGAAGAUAAGCAAUGUACUGCUGUAAAGGGGUCAGCAUCAGAACGUAUUUUAGUCACCUAAAAAAGUCCCAUCUAAAAUAAUCAAUAUCAGGUUAAGUGUACGCUAUAUUGAGAGUAUUUCCACUGCUUCACUUAAAUGUCAGACAGUGAUUUCCAACAGGAAAUUGAAGUCAUUACAUCGCUCUUUUCAAAGCCAGACUCCAUUGAGAAAAACAGUGAUUUAACAUUGCUAAAGACGUUAGCUGCUGAUCUACGUCUGCUUCGAUCAGAAUAUUUUUUAUGUUACUGUGUGACUUUGGUGUUUAAAAAUGGUAGUUUGGAUUCACCAAAGUCACACAAUAACACAAACUAAUUAACUUAUUGAUGCAGUAGUUGAGCAGCAGCUCCUGUGCUCAGUAAGUUAAAAAUUAGUGUUUUUCUCAAUGGAGUUUGGUGGCAUAUAUGGGUAAGCAUUUACUGGCAUCCCCAUCAAAACAGGCUGUCUGACAGAAAGGUAAAGCAGUGUAAAUCUUCUCAACAUAGCGUACACUUAAACUGAUAUUGAUUUUUUUUAGGUGGGACUUUUUUUUAGUUAGCUAAAAUAUGUUUAGUUGCUGGCCCCCAUCCACAGCAGUACAUUGCCCAGCUUCUAUGUUGGACUUCAGCUUACUUCUCCAAACUGAGGGUGUGCCAACUGACAUCUACUGUAUGUAACGCACUAACUCUGGCUUAGUAAAGCCUCAUAAAACCCCACUUCCAAAAAAUGAAACUAUCCCUUUAAUGUGUAAAAAUAUUUGUCCCACUACGACCCAGGGAUGCUCUCUCCCAGAAGUCCUCCAUGCGAAAUGCCAAAUGGUAUUUCCCACAAUCCAUUUAGUUUUUGUUGUGCUAAAAAGAAAAUCAUGUGGGAAGUUCAUUUUUUAUUGGUUUUCAAGUUGACGUUAAACUGAGCACACACUGAGGUUGAGUUCAAGCAGUAGGAACAGUAUUAUGAUUUCUCCUACAGUAUCAAACGUUCAUCUUCCUCGGGUCAUACGCAGAAUGUUAUUGUAUGUACAUGUUUUGAGUUUUGUUUGCAGUCCCUGUAUUUGUGACGCUGUGUAUGUACAUUUUGUCAUCUGACCUGUGUUUUUUUUCAUGCUUUUCAGUUGUGUUUAUGUCUGUUUUUCUUUGUUUUGCGCUGCGUGCCAAAUGUACUGUAUUUUCAAAGGAUGUGAAGGUGUGUUUUAGUUCUUGAAACAAAUUAAAUAUCAUGAUGUCAGAGAGUAUUUUCAGUUUGUUUGGUGUAUCAUUUCUGUUUGAAUUUUUACAUCUGAAUCACCCUCUCCUCCUCCCUGUUGGCAUUU